AUGAAGGAGAUCUUCUCUCACAAUAGGCCGGACAAACUGCUGCUCAUUGAUGCACCAGCAGAUGCCUUAGUGCUAGUCCCUGGAGAAUACGCAAUCGUGCGCUUUGACGGCGUUGAGGAUGUCAGGGCAGACCCAACGGUCCUAGACUCUCUCAGGUUUGGAACGGUCACACUCACCAAUCUUCGGCUGGCGUGGAACUCUCGUGGAGACCCCAACGGUCACAGUAUUAGUGUCGGCCUCAGCACAAUUACAAAAAUCUCUGUUGGCAAUCUACACAGAGACAGGCAACAAAAAGUGGCAGGUCUGGAAGAGAGCGUUCCACCUGACAAUGGACUCUUCAUCACAGGCAACAGGUCCGUGGUACUUCACGCCACAUUCAAUCAGCUGGGUUAUAAAUUUGAGCUGAAACCGAGCUCUAGAGAAUUCACUCAACAAAAUUCAAACUUCUUUAACAUAUUACAAGCAGUGUAUAGAGCGCAUGACACUACACGCAUGUAUAGACGCGUUCGUGUGCGCUCCUCUAUUGUUCGAGAUGGACAACCUAUAUUGCUUUCUCGAGAAGUAAUCCUUAGCAGCAUAAGCAACAUAGGACUAGUGUCUGCGAUAGGAGUGAGUAAUGUGCUUGGCGUCUUUGUACGCACGUCGCAUAGAAUUAUCUGGUUUUCUCCUGCUAACGAGUCUUAUAAUGUCAGCAUUCCUUAUGUAGAUGUCUUAAGUCUAUCGCUCAAAGAAAUAAAAGGCUCUGAUGAUAAGCUUCUAGUCUUUUCUAUUCCUGCAAACGAUAAUAUGAAAGAGUUUCUGUCUCCAUGCAAUGAACUCGACAGGAAGACACUUAGGGCAAAGGAACACAGAGGAAAAGGACUCAGCUCUUACUCCAUAGCUACCUUUGCAUUUGAUGUGCAGAAGGCAACUCCCAGUGUUCCUAUUCAAAGCCUUGCACAGAGCGUUCUUAUAAGUAUACAAAAGGCGCAAGCACAGCCAGAUUAUGGAGUAGAGAUAAAAGCACAGGGCUCUGUGGAUGAGGCUAGUGCUUUGGUAUCCUCUGAGCAAAGUCCUGGUGGCUUUGGAGUCCAAGCAGGAGUCGAGGUUGUCAAAACCGGGCCGCAGACUAACUCCAAGGACGGGAGCAAGGUGCUAAAGAUUAUCCAGGCUGUUGCAAGUCGCACAAAUUUUGCCGCACGAUACAUUGUCAGUAGCUCAUGUGCACCAGGGCAUGUAGAUGGAAAGGACGGUGGUUCCGGAAAAUUAACAAUGACUCUGGAUGAUGUGCUUGGUGUGGCCUUUCAAUCUGUUCCAGGCAUUGAUUCCAUUGGGGACUUAUGGAGUCUGUAG